ACAAAUAAAACAAAAGCGAAAAAGAGAAAAUUCACCAAACAAUACAACUUACGUCGACGUGUAACACAACCUCCCACCCGAUUUUCUCACUACAAAACCCAACAAAAAAUGCAUAUUAUCAACACACAAACAAAAACACACAUAUCUCUCUUCAUCUUUUUGUUUUCCUCCAAGAAUCUGAAUCUGUGCUUUACUAUUUGUGUAUAACCAUGACGAACAUCGACGAUACGACGUCUUCUCCAAUGGCCCACCCGAUCAGUCCAUCUACUCAGCCUGAUCUUCCCGACCAAACCAAACAAGAUCCGCCAAGUUCCCCCGACGAAGCAGCUUCUUCUGUUUCCGACAAGAAAGAUCUAGCUUCGCCUGAAGAGAAGAAACCGAAACAGAAUCAAGAAGAAGAGAGAGUGGACAGUGGGAGAGAGAGGUUAAAGAAACACCGGAAAGAGAUCGCCGGUAGGGUUUGGAUACCGGAGAUAUGGGGACAAGAAGAGCUUCUUAAGGAUUGGAUCGACUGUUCAACGUUCGACACGUGUCUAGUCCCUGCUGGAAUCUCGUCUGCACGUGCUGCUCUUGUAGAGGAAGCUAGGCGAGCUGCUACAGCUUCUCGUGGGUUACAACGAUUAGACAGUCGUUGCUUGAUC